GCAGUGUGUGCACACCGGUAUUAUUUUAGUCAACAGCUGUAGAAACACCAAUUGUUGCCGAUUUCUUUCUUUUCGACGGUCGGCCUCUCGCGAAACUGUGAUUGUGAAAACUGUACAAAUAGAGGCAAAUUUAACCAUGGCGCACAUGUCCCACAUGCUCCAGCAGCCUUCGGGGUCGACGCCCUCCAACGUGGGCUCCAGCUCGUCGCGCACGAUGUCCCUGAUGGAGAAACAAAAGUACAUCGAGGACUACGACUUUCCCUACUGCGACGAGAGCAACAAAUACGAAAAGGUGGCGAAAAUUGGCCAAGGCACCUUCGGAGAGGUUUUUAAGGCUCGCGAGAAAAAGGGCAACAAGAAGUUUGUGGCCAUGAAGAAGGUGCUGAUGGACAACGAAAAGGAGGGCUUUCCCAUCACCGCUCUGCGAGAGAUCCGCAUCCUGCAGCUGCUGAAGCACGAGAACGUGGUGAAUCUGAUCGAGAUCUGCCGCACCAAGGCCACCGCCACGAAUGGUUACAGAUCCACCUUCUAUUUGGUCUUUGAUUUCUGCGAACACGAUUUGGCAGGUCUUCUGUCCAACAUGAACGUCAAGUUCAGUCUGGGCGAGAUUAAGAAGGUUAUGCAGCAGUUGUUGAAUGGUUUGUACUACAUCCACAGCAACAAGAUCCUGCACCGAGACAUGAAAGCUGCCAAUGUGCUGAUUACCAAGCAUGGCAUCCUAAAAUUGGCUGAUUUCGGCUUGGCCCGUGCUUUUAGCAUUCCAAAGAACGAGAGUAAGAAUCGCUAUACCAACCGCGUAGUAACCUUGUGGUACCGGCCGCCUGAGCUGCUACUUGGUGAUCGGAACUACGGUCCACCCGUGGACAUGUGGGGAGCCGGCUGCAUAAUGGCCGAAAUGUGGACUCGCUCGCCCAUAAUGCAAGGUAAUACGGAGCAGCAGCAGCUAACCUUUAUCUCGCAGCUAUGCGGCUCCUUUACGCCGGACGUGUGGCCGGGAGUGGAGGAGCUGGAGCUGUACAAAUCCAUCGAGCUGCCAAAGAACCAGAAGCGUCGAGUCAAGGAGCGCCUGCGUCCGUAUGUCAAGGAUCAAACCGGCUGUGAUCUAUUAGACAAAUUGCUGACCCUUGAUCCCAAGAAACGCAUCGAUGCGGACACAGCUCUGAACCACGACUUCUUCUGGACGGAUCCCAUGCCCAGCGAUUUGAGCAAGAUGCUGUCCCAGCACCUGCAGAGCAUGUUCGAGUACCUGGCGCAGCCACGCCGCAGCAACCAGAUGCGCAACUAUCACCAGCAACUGACCACCAUGAACCAGAAGCCCCAGGACAAUAGUAUGAUUGACCGGGUUUGGUAGACUGCCAGAGGUGUACGCACCCGAUAUUGUACUAAUAGUUUCUCACCAUCAACUAGUGUUAGGUUAUUAGGUUAGUGUACAAUAAAAAUAUUGGCAUUUGCAUUAGCGCUUGCUCCAAUUAUACCUACAA